UAUAUUAUAUUGUAUAUUAUAUAUAAAGAUUUAAAAAUACAAGUAUACAGCAUAUCCAAUUCCGAAGAAAUUCAGUCCAUAUUCUGCAUUUCCAAAUCCUUCUUCAAAAAUACAAACGAAUUAGCAAAAUUUAAAUUGUGUUACUUGAUAUUACAUAUUAUAAUACACAUUUCUACAUUUAUAUCGUAAAGGGAAGCAAAUGCUUAUUAUUGCAUGUAUUAUUUGCACGUUCGACUUUAAUAUUUAUAUUGUAGAGCAAAGCAAACGCACAUUAUUACAUAUAUUAUUUGCACUUUCGACAUUAUACUGCACGAUGUCCGCCAUUUCCUGUAUUAAAACGUAAAUAAUUCCAUCACACUUAAAUUGGAAUAUAUGUCACACAUUGACUAUAGAUUUCAUACUUAAACAGUAGUAAACAUUACUGAAAGUUGUCAUAGCCAUUUGAAAAUAGUAACGUUUAUUCUAGUUUCAUCUACGACUCUCUACCCUUAUCACAAAAAUAAUAGUAGUUCUAAUUGUUUUAAUACUUUAUAUCUUACUUCGUAUUCCUUGGUUUAUAUUGUUCAUGCUGUUAAAAAAAAAAAUAAUGAAUAAGGUGACAAUUGAUCCAGCUAAAUCGAUUCUUGCUUUUUACGCAGGACAAAGUAUAUUUUUGACCGGUGCAACAGGAUUUUUGGGUAAAGUGUUUAUCGAAAAGGUAUUGCGAUCAUGUCCAGAUGUUCGUGAAAUAUUUCUCUUGAUACGCCCAGCAAAAGGACUAGAUGUUAAUCAAAGAUUCGAAAAAAUGUUAAACUUACCAUUAUUUGACAAAUUGCGUGAAGAGCGACCUUCGAGUUUCAAGAAACUGAUUCCAAUUUCUGGUAAUGUUAGCGAUAAGGUAUUAGGUUUAUCGGAUGAAAAUAAGCAAAUGUUAAUUGAUAGAGUGACUAUAAUAAUUCAUGGAGCAGCGAGUGUAAAAUUUAAUGACAGCUUAAAAUAUGCUAUACUUAACAACACUAGAUCAACAAGAGACAUCUGCAUUUUAGCUCAAAACAUGAAAAAUGUUGUAGCGUUAGUGUAUGUUAGUACAGCAUUUACAAAUGUGAAUAAACCAUUCGUAGAAGAAAAAGUAUACUCACCUAUAGUUAAUUGGAAGAAAAUGAUAGAUAUGGCCGAAUCAUUAGAUGAGCAUACUUUAAACGUUUUCAUGGCUAAAUUUUUGGAUUAUGCACCCAAUACGUAUAUUUUUUCGAAAAACCUAGCAGAGAGUAUAAUACAAGAAUAUUCUUUCUCCUUGCCUUGCGCGAUUGUAAGACCUUCUAUUGUUAUGUCAUCAAUAAGGGAACCAUUUCCAGGAUGGAUAGAUAACUAUUAUGGUCCAAUAAGCCUUUAUAUUGGUGGCGGAAAAGGAGCAAUACGAGUAGCUUACUUAAAUACAAGUUGUCAUAGCAACUUUGUACCAGUAGACAUUGUCGUUAAAGCUAUGCUCGUUGUAUGCUGGAAACUUGGAUUGACCACGUUUACUAAGGAUUCUAAUUUAUUUGUUUUAAAUUGUGUAAUUGAGAGACGUACAACACAUCGAUAUGAUAUAGACGUGUUUCGAAGUAUGCUUGAUGAGAUACCUCUGGACGGGACUAUCUGGAAUAAUAAAUCAAUAUACACCACUAAUUUUAUUUUAUUCUAUAUAUUAACAAUGUUAUUACAUGUUAUGCCAGCUACAUUAAUAGAUCGGAUUUUAAUGUGCUUUGGACGUCGACCUAUGGCAAUACGAUUGGUACGACUAUUAUAUGUUGUCAGUUGUGUUACAUAUUACUUUUCGUCUAAUAAUUGGGAAUACAGCAAUAUAAAUAAAUCGUUCUUGACAUCCUUAAUACCACCUGAAGAACAAAAAAUGUUUUCUUUCGAUUAUUCCGCUUAUGAUAUGAAAGAAUAUUUCAAAAACUUUAUGAUUGGUGGCAAAAAAUUUCUUCUUUAUGAAGACUUAAACCGGUUAGAUGCAGCUAGAGUACGUCAAAAAAGAGUACAUCUGUUGUCUACAGUAACGGAAAAUAUCAUCUUUCUUGGUGUGUUAUGGGUAAUAUACAAGUGGAUUUAUAUAUAUUUAUAGAUAUCAUAAAAUUAUUUACUCACUACAAUAUUGUAUAAGGAACUGGACUUUAUGAUAUAUACAAUGCACAUAUUUUUUA